CACACCCUCACUCCUUUCCACUAGCCAACAACCGUGUCCCGGGGACCCCGAUCGAGCAGAGCAGACACACUGCACGACACAGCACAGAGCAGACACCUCCUUCUCCAUCCCCAGCCCCAGCCCCAGCCCAGCAUAUGAGAAUACUAUGAUCCCUUCCCUCCCUUCCACUCCAUCUUGGCUUCACCUCCCACACAUGCGUACAAGAGAAACCACGCACUGUCCCCCUCCCCCACCCCCAAUCACCGCCUCCGCCUCCGCCUCCGCUUCAAUGGACGGACGGAGCCACCCCCUUGCAAUGCACUGAGCAGACCGGCAUUGCCGCCACCUCCUCGUGUUCUUAGUCAGUGAGCCACGGUUGUGUGCUCCAAGAAGGGGCGGGAGCUAGCCAGGAGCGGCAAUGGCCGCCGGGAGGAGGCUGUCGGAGCUGCUCCAGGAGCAGCAGGAGCCGUUCCUCGUCGAGGCCGCCAAGAUUCGGAGGCCGCGGCGCGGCCGUGGAGGUGCAGGCAGCGGGGGAGGAGCAGGAGGGGCUUGCUGCCCGGUGGCCGCGUGCCAGCGGCUGCUCAGGCUCUGCAACCACGGCUUCAAGAAGAGGAGCGGUGGCGGUGGCAUUGGCGGCCUCAGGUCCGCGCUGAGCAAGGUGCUGUGCGGCAAGGCCUUGAGGAGCGCGUUCCGCUGGGAAAAUCUUGGCGGCGGGUGUUUCACCGGCGUGGGCGUCGGCGGCGACCGCGAGUUCCGUCGGCUGCGGCGGUCUGCCGGCCACAGCGGCGAAUGCGAUGCCCGUGCCAUGGAGUUCGACGACGAGUACGAGCGAGAGGGAGCAGCGAGGUGGAAGACGGACAUGGAGGUGGACUCGUCGCGGCAGCUCAGCCCGGUCUCCGUCCUGGAGCUGCACUCCGACGAGGACUCUCCGGUGCAUCCCCGAUGGGAGGAGGACGAGAAGCCAUCAACCUCCGGGAGCUCACCCUCAAUUUUGUCCUCAGACUUCCAUGGCCCCACCUCGCUGUGCUUCACCUACAACGUCCACGGCGGCAAGGCUCUUGCAAUGGAGACGACAGAGGAAGAGGACGAAGAGGCGGCCGGCAACCGCGGCGGCAAGUGCAUCGAGGAGCAGAUCUCGUCGUGGGAGAGGAUCGCGGGGGACAUCUACAAGAUCCCCGGGAUGGUGGAGCUGGACCUGUCAGAGCACACGCAGCAAUGGAGGAGGGGGCUGGAGCCUGAGGUCAGGGAGAUCGGCGCCAGGAUAGAGACCCUCAUCUUCGAGGAGAUCAGGAGGGAGACCGUCUGCGACAUGCUCGCCUCACACUGUACAUUAUUUUCACCACCUUCUCGUUGACCAGACAGACAAAUUGAGAGGGCUUGUGGGGUGGUUAAAAAUUUACUAGUGCUAGUAGCAGAGGAUCUGUGUAAUGUGAGGCUUCUUGAUGUGAAGAUCAUUUUGUUUUGUUCCCCAGCCCCAAAGUCUUGGUCUGCUCUGUGCCUGGGGACUUUGCUGGGUAGGUUCCAUGUUGCCUAGUCUGCAAAAAGAAAAGGUAAUUCUAGUAGUG